AUGGCCACUCCAGCUAGCGAUUCGACAGAGUGGGAUCCUCUUGGCCCGAAUGCCCCUGCAGGAAACGCUCUUGUUGUGUUACGCCCCGAAAAUGCAGCUGCAAAACUCGCCUUUUCCGACGUUGUUGACUUUAUCAAGGAGCAAGACAACGAUGAUGGACACGGUCUUCGGUCUCGCUUCUCUCGAUACAUGUGGUUUUCCGAUGAACAAGUCUAUGAUCCCGCAGUUAACCGGCUCGUGAACCAUCAGCUCAAACUGUCGCUUGAUGGCUCAUCAUCGCCGUCAUCUGGCACCUCAAGCGACCACUUCUCGCAGGACGUCAGGAUCUGGACCGGCUUCUUCUUCCUCGAUCCAAACAUUCCACCACUUCUUCAGCGCUUGGGAUGGUCUGUGGGACGUCUUAGCCAGAAGAAUUUGGCCUUGGGAAGAGCAAAUGUCGACUUGCUGCUCACCACAAGCCGGAGCAGCCAAGUUGCUCGUAGACACGCUUUCAUCUCUUUCUCUGCUGAAACACGUCUAGCCCGAGUUUCUCUAGAGUCUGGGAGUUCGGUCACGAACUCGGUGUCCUUUGAAGAUCUCCGGUACACUCUUGAGUACACGCCGCACUGCCAUCGACCAGAAGGCCAAGCUGGUCUUGGAGAAUAUGUCAAUGCUCUUCACGGUGAUGACCAGCCCACUAAGGAGGCUCUCCUUGCAACUCCUACACCAACACUUAACUCUCAAACGAUAGGAAAGUAUUCUGUCACGGGCUUGAUUGGCAUGGGUUCGUUUGGUCGUGUCCGCCCUGCAACCGAUCCACAACGUGACCAAUUGGUGGCUAUCAAGACGAUUGAAGUCAGGGUCAACAAUGCCCAGGCUAUUCGUCGUAAACUUGACCUGAUGGACACUCUCUCGACGCUCGUCAAAGCAGAGAAGCAGACAAAGAUGCUGAGGGUUAUCGAAACCAUUCAUGUGCCAGGGACUCGAAUCGAUGAGUUCCACGUGAUACUAGAGCCAUUUGUCGAAAUCACCUUUGACAAGAUGCCGCAGGGAACUCAUCGUACCAAACUUGAAAUAAUUCUACGUGACUGUCUUCAGGGCCUUGCGUUUCUCCACGCACACCGCUUUGUACACACGGAUAUCAAGCCCACCAAUAUUGGCCUCCGGAACCUUCAACUGAACCAAUGCCACAAGGAGGCUCCGUCUUCUCCACCGUUCUCUCCCCGUCGUCUCCACGCCGUCAUCCUCGAUAUCGACUCGAUAGAGAGUAUUCCGCAAGGCAGAACCACGAUUGUUUCCCGCCCGGGAACGAACGGCACAGUGGGGUUUCACUCACCAGAGCAUGAAAGCUCAGAGUAUGACGGCAGGACCGACAUUUGGGCGUUGGGCGUCAGUUUCUUCAGGGUCCUCUUUGGCAGACUACCGUGGUCGUACGGGAAGCAAGGGAACCCGUGGAGAAAUGAUGCCCCUGAUCAAGAACAAUCGCGAGCCCACUUUCACUCCAAGUACAGGUCUGCGCUAUAUCAGAUAUCAGAGCAUGCCGGGGUCCAUAGAGACCCUGUUUGUGAUUUCUUGACCUACGCUUUUCGCUUCUCGGGUUCAAAGGUCGGUGGGCAGAGAAGACCGCGACCAACUGGUGCGGCCUGCUUGGAGACGCUGUUUGCACAGUCCGAGUUUCUUAGAACAAGGACCUCAAGCGAACAAGCUCUUGCAAGUACUCCGACGAGCACGUCAAACACCGGUGGAGCAAAGAGGCCAGCGGAGACUGAGAGUCGAGAGGGCCAGGUCCAACGACAACGAAGCGAAACAAAUUGCCCGAUGCAUGGGAAAAAUGAGACAUGA